AACACAAGUAACCUUCUCACUGACUGACUUCACGGUCGCCACGUCAACAUGUCGAAGCUGGAAAGGGUCCGGUCGGAGAUAGCUAGCUAUGACUACAUCAGGUUUGCUAUUUGUGACAUCAAUGGAACAAGUCGUGGUCAGGUAGUUCCAAGCCGCAACGCUGCUAAGUAUUUGGAAGGAGGCAAUGAAAUAAUUCAGGGUGCGCUGAUGCUCAGCCUUGAAAGCGAAAUGGCUAUUAUACCCCAUGAGAAAUGUUAUCACUAUGGAAACAUGACCCUUGUGCCAGAUCUUGAUACUCUUAGGCCGAUUCCAUGGGGAGGUGAUGGCAAGGCCAAGGUCGCUGAAAUUUCGUGUGAAUGCCGCUGGAAGAUCGACAACUCUCCUCAGGAAGCUUGCCCCAGGUAUGUUCUUAGGCAACAGAUCCAACGCCUAGAUGAACUCGGUCUAGAUUUAUACUCUGGGUUUGAAAUAGAAUAUUUUCUGUUCUAUGCUGAUACAAUGAAACCAGUGUUCAGUGGAAAGGAUUUCAUGAGCCACAGAAUUCAAAACCAAACUGGGCCACUUUUGUUCAAGUUUGACGGAGAAUUGUUCAAAGCAGGCAUUGAUGUGGACAAAAUCCAUUCUGAAUAUGCGCCAGGAAUGUUUGAAGCUGUGAUGAAACCGCAAUAUGGUAUAGAAGGAGCAGAUGCAACGUUCAAUCUGAAACAAGGCUUGUUGGAGUUGGCUGAUUUGAAUGGUCUGAAGGCCACUUUUAUGUCCAAGCUAGAUCUGGAACAAACUGGAUGCGGGGCCCAUUUUAACUUUUCAUUGGUGUCCAAAGACACCCGGGAAAAUGCCUUCUAUGAUCAAAAGGAGAGUGAUAGUUUAUCAACAACUGCCAAACAGUGGAUAGCUGGGAUCCUGAAACACAGCAGGGCGUUGACUGCGUUAACUUCGCCCACAAUCAACUGCUACAGGAGACUUCACCAGCCUUGGGCUCCAGGAAGUAUCUUCUGGGGUAUUGAAGACCGUGAGGCCUCUCUUCGUGUCAAGAAUCACGGACCUUCAGGAACCUACCUGGAGAACAGGAUGCCAAGCGGAAGAAGCAACCCUUACAUUGUCAUGGCGGCCACAAUUGCUGCCGGCUUGGACGGGGUCAAGAACAAGCUAGUAUGUCCACCAAGUGCGAGUUUGAAGGAAGGCGAACCUCUUCCCUUUACCCUCGAUGAAGCUUUAAAGGAUCUACAAGCUGAUAGAGACCUGGUGAAAACACUGGGAGAGGAGUUUGUUAGUUGGUUUGUCAAGUGCAAAGAAUUAGAUUUGAAGCGGUUUGCCGGACUUGCGGAUGACAAGGAGAGAAUGGCCCUGGAAAAGAAAAUCUACUUCUGAACCUUUCGGUGGGGAAUGUGUGUCUCCAAAAGCAUAACUUGAUAUUUAGGACACAUCUACAGAGUUCUCCUAUACACACUCUGUACACAAGGCCUAUAUAAAAAUAACCUAAUGAUAUUAUAAUAGACACUAACAGUGUGAAAAUGAGAAAAAGUAAACGUUUGUUUUGGGGAAAAUUGAGCUGUAAUGUUAGUCUGGUUAAUAUAUACUGAGGGAAACAAAUAAGGGAUCACAUGAAAGAACAAGUGUUCCUUUAUUUUUUUCCAGGUGUCUUCACAAGCUUUGUAUCAUAUAUAGCUUGUGAAGACACCUGGAAA